CACACGCAACUUAGCUCCUGUUGCCCUUUGUUCACUAAGUUUAAAGCAAGCAACACAAGUCAUGGGUGGCGAGGACGGUGGCCGUGGAGGCAAGCGGAAGCAAGGCGGACGCGGAGGUGGAGGAGGCCGUGGUGGUGGUGGUGGUGGCAGUGGAGGCGAGGGUGGUGGACAGCCCAACAAGAAGGCCAAGUACUAUGCGCAAUCUCGCGGCUCGGGUCAGGCCGUGCCUCUGGGCACGCCCCUGGGCAUGCUGGUGACCUGCGACGCGGGCCGCGAGGACCGGGCCGGCGAUGAGGCCACGGCGCUGAUUGAGGAGCACUACGACAAGCUGUGCACGGGAGAGGCGGCGGCGGAGGCAGCCGCCGCGGCGGCCGCCGGCGGCACCGGCAAGCGCGGCCGCGCCGCCCGGCGGGACAAGGCGGCGGCGGCGACGGCGGCAGGCGGCGGCGGCGGAGCCGCGGCCGAGGCGGAGCCUGAGGCGAAGAAGGAGAAGGAGGAGGCGAAGGAGGAGGCGAAGAAGGAGGAGGGCUCGGGGGGUGCGGUUGACAUUGCGGCGAUGCUUGCGGCGGAGGUGGCGGAGCUCAAGGAGAGCAAGAAGACAGCGAGGUUCCGGGUUCACCAAACAGGCGUCAAGGGCGUAAUCUUCAUCGUGUUCCCGCAACAGCCGCCGCCGGGCGCGCCCACGCCCUUCCAAGUGGCCAUGGCAAUCGGGCGGGAGGCGGAGGAGCGCAAGCAGGUGCGCGGGCGGCACAUCGUGCGCUUCCUGCCCGUCACGCACGCCUCGUACGCCAACCUGGAGGAGAUGGCGCGGGAGGCGCCCAAGCUGCUGGCAGGGCACUUCCCCGAGGGCGAGGACGCGGCCCCCGUGGAGUUCGCGGUGGAGUACGAGCACCGGUCCAGCGAGGGCUUCGAGCGCAUCAAGGUCAUCGACAUCUUCACCGGCCUCAUAAAAUGCCCGCCGCACAAGGUGAACCUGUCGGCGCCGCACAAGACCAUCCUAGUGCAGCUCAUCCGCAACGGCGCCGCCAUGAGCGUGGUGGACUGCUACAAGGACAUCGCCAAGUUCAACGUCCGCAAGUUGGCGGAGGUGCCGGAGGAGGGCGCCGAGGACAAGAAGAAGCAGCAGGCGUCAGCGGACAAGAAGAAGAGCGAGGAGGCGAAGGAGGCGGCGGCGGUGGCGGCUGGGGAGGGCAAGGAGGAGGCGAAGGAGGGCGCGAAGGAGGCGUAGAGGGCGCAGGGUUGAUGUGAACGUAUCACGCAUGUAGGACUUCGAGGCGGAGUGUUCGCAGCUUGAAGGUGUUACCAUGCGAAUACAAUGCAGAGUGCGGGCCGAAGGAGGGGCCGGCGGUGGCGUAUGGGUGGGAUCAAAGGCCCUGCAGCUAUCAGCUAUUGGCCCCGGCGUGUGAUGGGACAGUGGUAAGGCAAGUUGGUAAAGUCCCGUAGGGUGCAGCUGAUUCCCAGAACCCAACAAAUGGCAUACAAUUGGCAGCGGCAGGGCAGGAGUGCGCGGCUGGUCGAACGCCGGAGUUACUGUACCGACGAGUUGCUGGCUGGCUGGAAAUUUGCUGACGCGCAUUCCUCACGCUCCGGGCGCCCGGCUAUGGCCCGGGCGCUGGCCUGCGUGUGCCGGGGCGACGGAAGAGCAGGGGCAGCAGGCUAAGCAGGGCAUGUUUGCCGACAUUAACCGGCCAUUAAGAACGUUUUCUAGACAUUCCCCCCUGUCGUCUCCGACAGCGCUCGUAUCUUACGAAGGC